CACAUAAUAAACAAUGAGAGAUUUCGUCAUCCUUGGCUCCUCCGUCGUAACUCCUCCACCCAACCCCCAACACCGCCACCCCAUCAAACCCCACAAGCCUUCCCUCCCAAAGCUCGCUCCUUUCUCUUCCUCUUCCGCCGUUUCCUGCGCCCCCCUCUCUCUCAGCCACCAUGCUCCCUCCAGCAACCUCGUUCACCAAUUCGAAACGCUCGCCGAGGACGCAUUCGAUUCCGCCGUCGACGCCGAGCUUCUGGCCAAGGUGGUUCUGCUGGGAGUUCGAGAGAAGAACGUUCGGACUGUGAUUGACGCUCUCAACAAAGUGCAGGCUCGCGGGAUUUCCUUGUCUCCUCAUCUCCAUGGCUCUGAUGCCAUUGCCAAGGAGUGUUGCCGCUUGGUCACGUGCGGACACGUUGAGGAGGCUGUUGAACUCAUGGAGGUUCUCUCACGUUUUCAGUUAUCAAUCAGGGGACUUGUUCAUCCGUCUGACAUAAUUAAACAAUGUGUUCUUAGUCGAAACCCAAUUUUAGCUGUGAGGUAUGCAUGUCUUCUUCCCCAUGCACAUAUAUUGUUCUGCAAUAUUAUAUCAGAAUUUGGCAAAAGGAGGGAUUUAGUUUCUGCUUUGAAAGCGUACGAGGCAUCAAAGAAAAACCUGGAUACUCCCAAUAUGUACAUAUACCGGGCAAUAAUUGAUGCUUGUGGUCUUUGUGGUGAUUACAGGAAAUCUAGGUACAUAUAUGAGGAUUUGCUUAAUCAGAAGAUCACUCCAAAUAUAUAUGUGUUCAACAGUCUCAUGAAUGCGAAUGCCCGUGAUCUUAGCUACACAUUAAAUCUAUAUCAAAAUAUGCAGAACCUUGGUUUAAAACCAGAUAUGACAUCUUAUAACAUCCUACUCAAAGCAUGCUGUGUUGCUGGAAGAGUUGAUCUGGCUCAAGACAUUUAUAGGGAUCUUAAGCAUUUGGAAUCAGAGGGACAGAUAAAAUUAGAUGUCUUUACCUACAGCACAAUUAUAAAGGUAUUUGCAGAUGUGAAAUUGUGGCAGAUGGCUCUAAAAAUCAAGGAAGACAUGCUGUCUGCUGGUGUUUCUCUUAAUACUGUUGCAUGGUCAUCGUUAAUCAAUGCCUGUGCACAUGCAGGGCUUGUAGAGCAGGCAAUUCAGUUAUUUGAAGAAAUGCUUUUGGCAGGCUGCGAACCUAAUACACAGUGUUUCAACAUCAUUUUAAAUGCAUGCGUUGAAGCUUGCCAAUAUGACAGGGCUUUUCGCUUUUUCCAUUCUUGGAAGGGAAAAAAAAUGUUAGGGUCAUUUGGUGGAGGCUACAAUAGCAAUAUAGGGCAGGGACGCAUGCAUAAUGUGACUACUAUGCCAAAUGGCAUUUCUAAUUCGCACAUCUUGAGUUGUGCUGAGAGGUUCCCUUUUACACCAACUACAACAACAUACAAUAUUUUACUUAAGGCCUGUGGUACUGAUUACUACCAUGCAAAAGCAUUAAUCCAAGAGAUGAAAGCAGUAGGUCUUUCCCCAAAUCAAAUUAGCUGGUCAAUUUUGAUAGAUAUAUGUGGAGCAUCAGCAAAUGUGGAGGGUGCCUUUGAGAUUUUGAAAACCAUGGGUGAUGCUGGAAUUAAACCUGAUGUUAUUGCAUAUACAACAGCCAUUAAGGUUUGCGUUGAAAGUAAGAAUUUUAUGCAUGCACUAACAUUAUAUGAAGAAAUGAAAAGCUAUGAGAUACAUCCAAAUUGGGUUACAUAUAACACACUUCUGAAGGCCCGCAGUAAAUAUGGCUCCCUACAUGAGGUGCAACAAUGCCUGGCUAUAUACCAGGAUAUGCGUAAGGCAGGGUACAAACCCAAUGACUACUAUCUGGAAGAAUUGAUUGAGGAGUGGUGUGAAGGAGUGAUACAAGAUAACACAGAGAAGCAAGGAGAAUUUUCUUCCUGCAAUAAAUCUGAAUUAGAGAGACCCCAAAGUUUGCUUCUUGAAAAAAUUGCAGCUCACCUGCUAAAGAGGGUAGCCUACAUCCUAGCAAUUGAUGUUCAAGGGCUCACAAAGGUUGAAGCACGUUUGGUUGUUCUAGCAGUUCUUCGAAUGAUCAAAGAGAAUUACGGUGUAGUUGGCAUUUGUGACACAGGACAUCCAGUAAAUGAUGAUAUCUUGAUCAUCAUAGGAGCUACUAAAGUAGACGCAAGUCCAGCCAAACACAUACUAGAAGUGCAAGAGUCAAUAAUGAAACUUCUCAGGAAUGAGUUGGGGCUUGAAGUUCUUCCAGCCAGAACCAGAGUAGCAUUAAGUAGCACAGCAAAGUUAGAGUACCCCAACCUUUCAAAUCUCAACAUAGAAGCAUUACCAGGAGAGAAUGCAUUACCCACAACAAAAAUGGGGUUUCAGACAAGGAGACCUGCAGUUCUUGUAAGGUUGAAGGUCACUAAAAAAUCAUUAUACAGUUGGUUGCACCGGAAGUAAGCGUUAAAUAGUUCCACUAGAACUUAUAGGAAUUUUGUACAAAUAUUAGAUAAGAUAUGCCAAUUUGUUUUUCUCCCAACGACCUCAUUGACCUGUAUAUAUUGUAUCCGGGUAUAGCUGCCCAUGUUUCUGUAAUCAAAUAGCUUGUAUCAUAAUGAACGAUACCCAGUGCCAUGGAAUCAAAUCAUGCACUUAAUUA